AUGUCAAAUAAAAAUCACAAGAAAGUUCUGUUAAAAAUGAUUCUCAUUGGUGAUUCUGGAGUUGGAAAGUCUUCUCUCAUGAAUCAGUUUAUUGAAAAGACAUUUACAGCACAAUAUAAAGCAACUAUUGGAGCUGAUUUUCUUACAAAAGAAGUUACAAUUAAUGGAACUGCUACUACACUUCAAAUUUGGGACACUGCUGGACAUGAAAAGUUCAUGAGUUUUGGUGCUGCAUUUUACCGUGGUAGUGAUUGUUGUCUUUUAGUUUUAGAUGUUACAAAUGAAGCUUCCUUCAAAUCACUUGAUACUUGGAAAAAAGAAUUCCUCAAUGGUGCUAAUGUUACUAAUCCUAAUGAUUUCCCUUUUGUUGUUUUAGUCAACAAAAUGGAUGAAGACCCAUCCAAACACGUUGUAUCUGUUUCUGAUGUAAAACAAUGGUGUGAAAAUAACGGUAAUAUUCCUUUGUAUGAAACAUCUGCUAAGACUGGUGCUCAAGUUGAUACUGCUUUCUUAGAUGUUGCCACUAAAGUUGUACAAUCUAUGAAAGAAGUAAACAAUACUCCAUCAGGGAGCAUCAACAUUGAAACAACAUCUCCAGAGAAAAAAGAAGGAGGGUGUUGUUGAUUAAUUUUACAUUUUUCUUAAAG